GUUAUAGCAAAAUUGAAUUGAAUAAUGUAAAAGAAAAAACAUUGUAAAUGGAAAAGAGGCGACACAAAAAUAAAAAUAAAAUGGUUUUUUACGGAACUUCCCAUUAAUGAUUUAUUGAUAUGGGUCAUCUUGUGAAACGGCCAGAGAGAGAGAGAGAGAGAGAGAGAGAGAGAGAGGCAAACCCUCAAAACGUUUGGCAUCGAAAGCGACUUCCUUUAUUCACACUGCCAUGACCAUGUUCUUCAUUGAUGACAGUUUUACCCUCACAGGGAAGAGAGAGAAAAAUGUGAAAGCACUAUCUAAAUUUCUCUCAGUCUCUCUCCUCUGCAAAGCUUCAGAACUCUGGCAGAAGGAAAAGAUGAUGGGGUUUUUAACUUUAUCCUCCAAAUAAUUUCUCUUCGUCUCUCCCACACAGUCCCUACAGUUGUACAUUUCCCCCCUCUUUAACACACAUUUAUGUGUGUUUCCCCUCUCUCUCUCUCUCCUCUCUUCUCUUCUCUUCUCUUCUCUCUCCAUCUCUAUCUCAGUCUGUGUUUCUGUCGCUUGAGCACUCAAUGAAACACUGUAAACAGAGCCAGAAGGAUGUGAUGUAACGAUAAAAAUCAAGACUUUUCCCUCAGUGAAAGUUAAAAAAAAAUAAAAAGAAAAAAACAUCAAUUUGGGUAGAGUCUCUUACCACAAACAAAUCUAAUGUCGGUACAUAUGGUUCUCUUCUCUACCUUGUUCUCCUUCUUCUUCUUCUCCACGGAGAGUUAAAGGUUUUCUUUUUAUUUUCUUAGCAUAUUUGGGUUAAGCAAAAACGCAGUCGUUUUUAGCUUGUGCGCAUGUUGAAAUGGCCCUGCUUACAGAAGUCGUCCUUCUGGGAUUUCUCAUCUGUUUGAGCUUUGGGACUACUGUAAAUUCAGACAAUGGAGCAACGUUGCUGGAGAUUAAGAAGUCAUUCAAAGAUGUGAACAAUGUGCUCUAUGACUGGACAGGUUCACCUUCUUCGGACUAUUGUGCCUGGAGAGGUGUUACUUGUGAUAACGUCACCUUCAAUGUCGUUGCUCUUAAUUUGUCAGAUUUGAAUCUUGAUGGAGAAAUCUCACCUGCUAUUGGAGAUCUAAAGAGUCUCUUAUCCAUUGAUCUCCGAGGUAAUCGUUUAUCUGGGCAAAUUCCUGAUGAGAUUGGUGACUGUUCUUCUUUGCAAAACUUGGACUUGUCUUUUAAUGAAUUAAGUGGUGACAUACCGUUUUCGAUUUCCAAGUUGAAGCAACUUGAGCAGCUGAUCCUCAAGAACAAUCAGUUGAUAGGACCAAUUCCUUCAACGCUUUCUCAGAUUCCAAACCUGAAAAUUCUGGACCUGGCACAGAAUAAACUGAGUGGGGAGAUACCAAGACUUAUUUAUUGGAAUGAAGUUCUUCAAUAUCUCGGAUUGCGCGGAAACAACUUGGUGGGUAACCUUUCUCCAGAUUUGUGUCAGCUUACAGGUCUAUGGUAUUUUGACGUGAGGAACAACAGUUUGACGGGUAGUAUCCCUGAGACGAUAGGAAAUUGCACUGCCUUCCAGGUUUUGGACUUGUCCUAUAAUCAGCUAACUGGCGAGAUUCCUUUCGACAUUGGUUUCCUGCAAGUGGCCACAUUAUCAUUGCAAGGCAACCAGCUUUCUGGGAAGAUACCAUCAGUGAUUGGUCUCAUGCAAGCUCUUGCAGUCUUAGAUCUAAGUGGCAACAUGCUGAGUGGGCCUAUCCCUCCGAUUCUGGGGAACUUGACUUUCACAGAGAAAUUGUACUUGCACAGUAACAAGCUGACUGGUUCAAUACCACCUGAGCUUGGAAACAUGUCAAAACUCCAUUACUUGGAGCUCAACGAUAAUCGGCUUACAGGUCAUAUACCACCAGAGCUUGGGAAGCUUACUGACUUGUUUGAUCUGAAUGUGGCUAACAAUAACCUGGAAGGACUUAUACCUGAUCACCUGAGCUCAUGUACAAACCUAAACAGCUUGAAUGUUCAUGGGAACAAGUUCAGCGGAAACAUUCCCCGAGCGUUUCAAAAGCUUGAGAGCAUGACUUACCUUAAUCUCUCCAACAACAAUAUCAGAGGUCCAAUCCCGGUUGAGCUAUCUCGUAUCGGCAACUUAGAUACAUUGGAUCUUUCCAACAACAAGAUAAAUGGCAACAUUCCUUCCUCCCUGGGUGAUUUAGAGCAUCUUCUCAAGAUGAACUUGAGCAGAAACCAUAUAACGGGUCUAGUUCCUGCCGACUUCGGAAAUUUAAGAAGCAUCAUGGAGAUAGAUCUUUCAAAUAAUGAUAUCUCGGGCCCAAUUCCGGAAGAGCUUAACCAACUGCAGAAUUUGAAUAUGUUGAGACUGGAAAAUAAUAACUUAACCGGUAAUGUUGGUUCAUUAGCCAACUGUCUCAGUCUUACUGUAUUGAAUGUUUCUUACAACAACCUAGUUGGUGAUAUUCCUAAGAGCAAUAACUUCUCUAAAUUUCCUCCCGACAGCUUCAUUGGCAACCCUGGUCUUUGUGGUAGUUGGGUAAACUCGCCUUGUCAUGUUUCUCGUCCAACAGUACGAGUGUCAAUCUCAAGAGCAGCUAUUCUUGGGAUAGCUAUUGGGGGAUUCCUCAUCCUUUUCAUGGUCCUUAUAGCAGCUUGCCGGCCUCAUAACCCUCCUCCCUUUCUCGAUGGAUCACUUGACAAACCAGUAACCUAUUCUCACCCGAAGCUGGUCAUCCUUCACAUGAACAUGGCCCUCCACGUUUACGAGGACAUCAUGCGAAUGACAGAGAAUCUCAGCGAGAAGUACAUCAUCGGCCACGGAGCAUCCAGCACUGUCUACAAAUGCGUUUUAAAGAACUGCAAACCCGUCGCGAUCAAGCGUCUCUACUCUCACAGCAACCCGCAGUCAGUGAAACAGUUCGAGACCGAGCUCGAGCUGCUCAGCAGCAUCAAACACAGAAACCUCGUGAGCCUGCAAGCCUAUUCCCUCUCUCCCUUGGGAAGCCUUCUCUUCUACGACUACAUGGACAACGGCAGCCUCUGGGAUCUUCUCCACGGCCCUGCCAAGAAGAAGAAGAACACUCUUUUCGAUUGGGACACGCGGCUCAAGAUAGCGUACGGCGCUGCGCAGGGGCUAGCGUAUCUACACCACGACUGCAGUCCGAGGAUCAUACACAGAGAUGUGAAGUCUUCCAAUAUUCUCUUGGACAAGGACUUGGAGGCUCGUUUGACUGACUUCGGAAUCGCGAAGAGUUUGUGCGUCUCGAAGUCGCAUACUUCCACUUACGUCAUGGGGACGAUCGGUUACAUAGACCCCGAGUACGCGCGCACCUCGCGCCUCACGGAGAAGUCCGAUGUCUACAGCUACGGGAUAGUGCUGCUCGAGCUGUUGACCGGGAGGAAAGCUGUGGACGAUGAGUUUAAUCUCCACCAUCUCAUAAUGUCCAAGACCGUGAGCAACGCGGUCAUGGAGAUGGCGGAUCCGGAUAUCACGUCGACGUGUAAGGAUCUGGCGGUGGUGAAGAAGGUUUUCCAGCUCGCUCUGCUGUGCACCAAGAGGCAGCCGAACGAUCGGCCCACGAUGCACCAGGUGGUUCGCGUCCUCGGCAGCUUUAUGUUUUCGGAACAGCCGCCAGCAGCCAACGCGGUACCUGCAGCAGCAGCCGCCACGUCGGCAACGCUGGCCUCUUCGUGCUACGUGGAUGAGUAUGCGAAUCUCAAGGCUCCUCACAAUGUCAAUUGCUCUUCCAUGAGUGCUUCGGAUGCCGAGCUCUUUCUUCGAUUUGGACAAGUCAUUUCUCAGAACAGUGUGUGAAGAAUAAAAUGUUGGUGGUGCGUUUUCUAAGGAGGACGUCAGUAUUGUCUUUGUAAACACUGUGAACGUUAGAUAUAAGAGUGUUAAUAUAUUUUCAGACAGACCACCUUAGACUUGAUAUAUUCUAUCUAUAACUCUUUUAUCAUUUGGGAAAUUAAUUGUUGAAUUAGUGAA